UUCCUCUUUCUUACCCCCCCCCCUCCCCCCUUUGAGGUGUUGGUUCACCUUACACCAUCGUGACAACGACAGCGUUUUACCGGUUCCUCCAGCUUUUGUGUUGAUUCACAACACCACACACACACACACACACACGUACACAUCGCAUCUCCACUGUGUGCCACUUUCCAUACGUCAUCGUCGACUCCAAAUGACUGAUGCACUCCCACUCAUUUUGACGACGAACACCCACUGACUCUCGCUCAGUGCCUUGCUCCUUCUCCUUGCUUUUGACGCGCCGUCAUUGGCUUCCUUCCUUUCCAACCAACCAAGCAACAACGCCCAUACACACACGUACACACAGCAAAGACAACCCCAACGACAUACUCAAACGCAUCCACACACCCACACAGAACAUGCACACACACGCGCACAACAGCGCGAUACGACAGUGCUGCGCGCUUGCCGUGCUGGCACUGGCGCUGUGCAGCUCUUCAGCCCAAACUGCCCACGCACAAGAGUUGCAGUGGCCCACAGUGACGGAGCUGGCGACGGAGGACGCCCGCUUCAUCUCAAAUGACACGGCAUCGGCAUGGCGGUUCCACUUUGUGCAGAGCGAGGCCACUUCGCCGGGCAUCGCCGACAACCCCGAUCGCUUCCACGCCAGGCUGUACCUGCGCUUUCGCAACGAGACAACGCCGCACGGCGCGCUGGAACCGCAACGUCAGGAGCGGCCCAACUUCUUCUGCAUCGCCACCGCCACCUCGUACAACGCUCGCUGGGUGCUGCACAACAACGUCACCGGCGUCGUCAGCCUCGCCGGUGGAGUGGACACCUACUUCAACCUGAGCGUGGUGGAGGUUGACACGGCGUUCAUGGGCGACAACGCAACAAACGUGUACGUGCUGCAGACGCCAGCUGGUGGCGCGAUCCUCGGUGCCACCGCUGCAUCGGGACCCUGGUUUGUCUCCGAUGUCCAGUGUGGUGUGACCCUGAGUACUGUGCAGUCGUUCCCAGCCGUGGUUUCGGACUGCGACACUCAAGCUGCUGUGGCCGCGAGCGCAUGUGGAUUCACGCAGCCGCGCCUUCGCGAUGUGGCCAGCCCGAUGCUGGCCGCGCUCACAUUCGAGCCAACCAACUUCAGCACCACGGCGCGCCCGCGCGAGAUCACGGCCACGCUCAUCGCCCUCGAUGACUUCUCUGCCGUCUCCAGCUGCCAGGUUGUCGUGCAGUCUGACACCAACGUGCUCAGCCAGCGAGCCGAGUUCGUCCCGCGUGGCACGGCCACCCUUGCCGACAUCACACCGCUCGGCUCGGGCACCUACCUGGACCAGGUUGUCCCCGACGCCGCCGUCGUCACACGGCUGCAGGGCACGUUUGUGUUCCCGCGCUACACCCCCAUGGGCACGUGGUCGGUGACCAGCAUCUUCUGCGCGGACGUCAAUGGGCACACGACGCGCGCCUUCUCGGUGCAUCUCGAGCGCAUCCAAGAGCUCGCGUCGCCGUUCCAGCCCCAGAUCAUGCAGCGAGGGGUGGGGGACAUGGAGCCACCAAGCCCUGAUGCAGGCGCAGGCCCACCGCUCACCCUCGAUCCAACCGUGGUGGACACCUUCUACGAGCGACAGCUCAUUGAUGUGCGCCUGGCAGUGACUGACGACCUGUCUGGCGUUGUUAGCUGCCGGGUAACGUUCACCCCCGACACUGAUGACAAAGGCGUCUCGGAUAGCCUUGCUGUCGUCCUGGAUGAGAUUGUGUUUGGCAACACCACAAAUGGGGUGCUGUAUGGCAGUCUCAAUGUCCCCGCCUUCUCUCGCAAGGGCGGGUGGAUUGUGUCACGUCUCACGUGCAGGGACGAAGCACAACACUCGCUCAUCCUGCAGGACGCCCGCGCGCUCAUUGAGCUGACAGAGGGCGGUGCCGGCUUUGAGCAAGAUGGUGAGGACGAUGUGAUCCCGCCCGUCAUCCACGCCUUUGCCCUCUCGCGCACCGUCAUCGACACCAGUGAAUCGUCACAAACGAUUCGGUUUUCCUUCAAUGUCACGGACAACAUUGAGGUUGCUUCCUGUUACCUCUCUCUCCGCUUCGAAGAACUUGGCCGCCAAUCCCGCGCCAUGACACUCUACCCGACAGGCGUCCCCGGUGUGGUUGCACAGGACAUCGUGUUUGAACGCGGCACGCCAUCGGGCUUCUGGUACAUCAACCACGGAUAUUGCUCCGACCUUGCAGGCAACCAGGCGGUGCUGACCACCAUGAUUAUGGACGUCACUUUCCCCGACGGAGCUUUGUACGGGUUCAACCAGACGGGUCGUGGCGACGGCAGCCCACCUGUCAUCACAGCCAUUCGCCUCUCCCACAACAAGACGUCUCAGGCACAGGGGCAGCCAAUCAAACUCGAGGUCGUCGUGAGCGACAACACUGCUGUUUCACUGUGUUCGGCUUAUUUUGCCUCUGUCGGCACCGGCAAGAGCUUCAGCGUAACCGUCAACACAUACACGGGGCCAGCAGAGGGUGGCGCGUCUGUGUUUGAAGGCGAUGUGAUGCUGACGCAGCAAGACCAGAUGGGCACAUAUGCAAUCGUGACUGUGCGCUGUGUGGAUGUGUUUGGGCUCUACGCGGACCUUUCUGGCGGCGAAACUGUUGCCAUCCUCAGCCCACCUGGCGUUGGUAUUGAACAUGAUCUCGUGCAGGACAUUGUCAUCCCGAGCGUGUGGAUGCUUGACACCGUUUGGGACGAGGCCGCCCUCAACGUCACCACCACUUGGACCGUCACCGACGACGUCGCAGGUGUUGAGCGCUGCUCUGCGGUGUACCAGUCUGCCCUCGUGCCGCAGCAGACGCUUGUAAUCGAAGCCACCCUCUCACCGCCUACGACAGACGGCGUGCUGAGCGCCACAGUUCAUCUUGAGACAUACUUCCCACACGGGCAGUGGACGCUGGUGGAGACCGAGUGCGAGGACGCCGCUGGACGCAUGCUUCAGCUGACCCAACCCAUCCUUGAAGCCCGUUCGCACUACUCGCGGUCCUUCGUCAAGGCGACGACCGGCGACGUUGCUGCGCCCGUGGUCCUGUCAGCCUCCCUCUCCACCCGCGUCAUCGACACGUCCUUGGAGGAGGAGCGCGUCACGCUCACGAUGGACGUCAAGGACGACUUUGUUGGUCCAGCGGAGUGUAGGGUCACCUUCACCGCUAUUGGACAGGCCAACCCGGUGCGGGGUGUUGCAACCAAGUUUGCCAACCGCGAGGCACCAGCCAACGUGACGACCAUCAGUCUCCAGCUGACGUGGCCUCGCAGCAGCGUCGCCGCCGUGUGGAACGCAACCGAGAUUCAGUGCUCGGACGAAGUCCUGCCCAACCGUGAGGUCCUCACGCGCGCGUAUGACGCAGAGGAGCUGCGGACCGAGUUUCCACAGCUGCAGGUGACGCAAGAGGGCGCGGGGGACGUGCUGCCUCCCUCCAUCUUCAGCGUGAGCUUUGAGAACGACACGGUCAACACGGACACGGGCCCACAGACAGUGCUGCUCACCGUGCGCGUCAGCGACGACUUUUCGGGGCCAGACGGGUGUUUUGUGCGGCUUUCACAAGAGAACACCGUCACGCUGGAGCCACCACAGGACAUGUUUGUGUACCCGGGCUGCUAUGUGCAGGGGUCCACGUACACGCCAAACGAGGUUGUGGAAUGCAGCGCGCUGUUCCGACUGCCGCAGUGGUCAGCAGGCGCAAACUUCCGCCUGACAGAGGUGCUUUGCGCAGACAGGUCAGGGCGAACGCGAACCAUCGAUCGCACCCAACCGCGCGACAAGUGGCCACCCAACCUGGACCAGAUUAUUCUUGUCCAGGAGGGGCGUGGCGAUGCGGAGGCGCCCGUGGUCACCCACCUCCAGCUGACACCCGCACGCAUUGACACGACGCUCUCUGCACAAGUUGUUCGUGUGCAUCUUGACGUCACUGAUGACGGCAGCGGUGUCACCCAGUGCGACGCCACCAUCACAGAUGUCAACGGCGAGGACAUGGUGCACAUUGUCCGACCCACCCUGCCCGUCAGAAACACUUCCAUCAUCAUCCCCUUCACCAUCUUCCAGUCAUCCCCAAGCGGUCGGUUGCACUUGUCGCGAGUGCGCUGCCAAGAUUUGUCUGGCAAGGAGCGCCUGUAUGCAACUGACAGCCUCUCACGUCUUGCACAGGACUCCGGCUCGCCUCUCGUUGUGCGGCAGACCGGCGUAACAGACACGUCGCCACCACAACUCACGCGCAUCGUUGUACAGCCCCUGUCACCAGUCCCAUCCAAUGUUGUCACCGUCACUGUCACGGCGGAUGUGAGCGACGACGCAAGCGGUGUUGCCCGCUGCCAGCUCUACUUUGGCUCUUACUCGCAAACAGUUUCACCGCCCAUUCUCGUGCGCGACGCAACGCUCAACUUUGUCUUCACGGUGACGCCCGAUGAGCUGUCUGGCCUGCGUCUGUCGUUCAUGUCGUGCGAGGACGGUGCGGGGCAGAACGCAUUCAUCUUCAACUUCUUUGGUCUGCCCAACAGCCAGCCCAACCUGAUCAUCCCCUCCACGUACGACACGACGCCGCCCGCUCUCGCCUCUGUGUCCGCGCUCGGCGGCGCACAGCAGAUGGACAUUGUCAUUACCGACCCCCAACAGCCCGUGCAACUUGUGCUGUUUGCGGACGUGAGCGACGAGACGCAGCAAGGGCUGGAGUGCGACCUACAGUUUUCGCACAGCGAGUCGUUCUCCUUCAGCCAGACGUUUGUGGCAUCGCAGCCAGCAGUCACGGGCGCAAACGGUGUCAUGGGCACGUUCCUGCAGACGGAGGCACUGCCACAAGGGCUCCUAUCCCUCUCGCAAGCAAACUGCCGUGACGCAAGCAGAAACGCCCGCCGCUCCUUCUUCUUCUUCAACUCGCCGGUUGUGCUGAAUGUGACGAGCCCAAUCACGGUCGACUCUGGCCCGCGCUUCCAAUCGCUCGUAGUGGACGACGUAAUACCACCAUCGCCGGCACACGGCGACGUUGUCAGCGUCACCAUCACUACCAUCCUUGAAAGCGCUCUGCCGCUCACGUCGUGCACGGCGGAUGUACACAACUUCCUGCACGGACAGUCGUGGCCGCUCACAGUGGUUUCGGGUCUCAACACGGAGCCAAGCAACGGCGUGCUGCGCAUCGGAUUUGAGGGCGAGAUCCCAUCAGCCGUGCAGGGGUACCACUCGUUGGCCUUCCUCACGUGCUUCGACACGGCCAACCGGCGCCUGUACUCGUCUAAUGGCCCAACCAUCAUGAACGUUGCGUCGCCAGGAACCUAUGCGCUCGAUCACGUGACCCUGGCCGCCACAAACACGACGUCAUUUAGCGGCGAGAAGCUUGUGGCCACUGUCCACUUUGAGGCCGCAAUCGACUUUACGCCCAAUGCCGGGCGGGCGCGCCGUGCCGACAACGACGGUGAUGGCGUUGCUGACGAGCUGCAGUUUCACGGAUGCGAAGCGCGUGUGUCCACGUCACGCACGACGCCAGGCGACAACUUUCCCCUCACGGUGCAGGGGGUUGCUGUGUCGCAUGACAUCCAGGCUCGUGAUGACAACAGUGGUGUCACGGCGUGGUUCACGCUGGCAGUUGUGGACCUUCCCCUCAGCCCGGAGGCCGAUGCCAGCGAAAUCUGGUAUGUGGAGCGCUUGGAGUGCUGGAACAACGAGACGCGCACAACCCUGUCCAUUGUGGAGGUGAACGCGGAAACAGCGCCAGACCGCGUGCAGCUGUCCAUCCCGCUCCCAGCUGCGCUGCCCUCGACCAUGGAGAGUGACGUUGGUGGCCCCGCCAUCAGCGAUGUGUCCCUCACCCUGUUUGCCCGGCCGGGCGGCCGCGUGAGCCUGCUCUCAUCCAGCACCGUGGUUGACGAGGCCGGCGUGCGCCAGGUGCAGUAUGGCCUGCGUUUGACGUCCACAUCUGGGGACGCCGUCAAGUCGUAUGUGCGCGCUGUGCAGCUGCACAGGGCUGCCACAGUUGGUGCACAGCCCGCCACGGCGAACGAUGAGCUGUCGCUGCCGCUGCUGCUGACCCGGGACGAGUUCACCACAUUGGGCAUUGCCAGCGCCAACCCCAACGACGCGAUCGCCACCGUUGAGCUGCACACGGCGUAUGCCAUCGACUUUCUUGCAACGCCAACGCUGCUCUUCACGGCCAACACGAGCGUGGAGUUGACGGCGGCGCACUUUGCACUGCAGCCAACGCUCAACAGCGCUGCCGCUGGUGCACUGAACAACACCCUCACGACGACCACCACCACCAGCAGCACGGCCGAUGCGAAUGAGGCCAGCAUCCCAGCAUCUGUUGCCGCCUUUGGGCAGGGCGCCCACACGAUUGUUCCCCGCACGAGCACGCUGCUGCCUGCCAACGCCACUGCACCGACGGCAUUUGAGGUGCGCAGCACAGCGGCACUGUAUGGGCCCGAGGAUACCUUUGCCAGCCGCUUGCAGGCGCACCAGUGCCGCAUGCGCGCCAUUAUCGCCAACAUUACCGCCAACAGCGACAGCGGCGCUUUGGACCCCAGCGCCGAUCUGAGCGGGCCACGCAUUACGCAAGCAGCCAUCACACCGGGCUACCUGCUGCUGCACCCAACCAAGCCGGUGGAGGUUCACGUGACGGCCACGGCGGUGGAUCUGACGUCCCCCGCGCGCGAGUGCGUGGCUGUGCUUGGCAACGCGGCCGGCAGCGCGAGGGCGACGGUCUCGCUUGACGUGGUUUCGUUUGAUGCCACGAGGAAGCAGACGUUCCUGGAGACGACGAUAGUCUUCGAUGCUGGCACGCUUCCAACCAGCACCGUCACCAUUGUUGACUGGUUCUGCGUAGACGCGCUUGGGUUUGUGGCGUGGAAGGACCAGCAAUCGACAGGGUUCAAGACGCCACGCAUGGUGUCGAGUCUGCCCUAUCCAUCGGGCAUACCGACGCUGCUGUCUGCGCGCGUGCUUGAGAGCUCCGUUGCUGUGAACACCAACAUGGCCCCCAGAUCCGUGCAGGCGGACGUGUGGAUCAACGCGCAGGAGACGGGCACGCACACGUGCCGCGUCGCGCUGUGUGCACCGGGCAGCCCCCCAACAGACGGCAGUGACACCACGGCUCGCAUGGCCGUGCCCCAGGCAGCGGUGUGGCUGGAAGGCAGUGACGACGAAGCCAAUGGUGGUGAUAAGGCGCUGUUUGCCGGUCCCAGCGCCAACUUUGGCACCACGCCAGAGGCCGCGGCACUGGGCCGCUCGGGCGUGCGUCGCGUGCGUGUGUCUGGCACGUUGCCGCGGUACUCGCUGACGGGCGCGUGGGAGGCGUGUCGUGUGGAGUGCACCACACCGCGCGGCACCAGCACCGCGGCCCUGCGUGAAACGGAUCUCCAGGCCAUCUUUGGAGGAUCGAGCCAAAUGGAGGGGCACAUUGUGAACCAGAACGGGCGCGUGGUGGACCGUGCCUCCCCAACGGUUGAGCGCGUGGAUGUGGUGAGCGCACGUGGCGUUACCACACGCCAUGCCGGCGCCGGCGUGCUGAUGGUUGAUGUGCCCGGUGAUGAGCUCCAGCUGCGCGUGCGUGCGAGCGACGAUCAGAGCGGCGUUGCGCGCGUUGCACUCGUGCUGACGCGGCAGACAUGCGAGGUUGGCCACGUGUGCGCGGGCGAGUGUGCGCUGCACAACACACAGCGGCGGAUGGUGGAAGGUGCUCUGGUGCCUUCACCGACCAGCAGCGUUGGUGAUAGCGGCGCGCUGCAGCUUGAGAACAACGAGGGCGUGGUGGCCUUCAACCUGUCACAGGUGACGCCCGGUGACUGGGAGCUGUCGCACGUGGAAGUGUCGGAUGGCCUCGGUCGCUUCACCACGCACACGCUGGCGGCCGUGUUUGGCGAUGGCAGCCAGUACACCACGAUUGCUGCACGCGUUGUUCUGGGCGAAGUGUCAAGCACAAACACGCCGCUGGCCACUGCAACCACGGACAGCACGACGGACAGCGCGAGUGCGCAGGUGAGCACGACGCCUGUGGGUGCAACGACCGGCAGCAACAACAACAACGACGAGGGUGGGUUCCCCAUCGUGAUCAUCGCUGCAGCAGCUGGCGGUGCUGUUGUGGUCAUUGUUGUUGUUGUCGUUAUUGUCGUUGUCCGCAAGAAGCGCCGUCGCCAGAAGGAGAGCCGCCCCCGCCCAGCGCCAUUCGAAUCGGCCUCGCGCGUGCGUGCUGCAUCGAUGAGCAUUCGCAAGCAGAGCAUCGACCGCAACGUCGGAAUGGGAUUGCGCGACUUGUCAAAGCUCCGAACGCGCGGAUCAACGGAACAAAUCUCUGUGCAGCAGCCUUACGACGACGGGUAUCUGAAUGUGAAGGGAGCCGAUGAGGGUGGUGAUGGCGAUGAUGACUGGAAGAAAGAGGACGUUGAUCUGGCGGAAACCACGUUUGAGUUCCUGCCCUCCUCCCGCGACAGGCCUUACAUGGAGCCAACGGUGCGUGCAGCAGAGCCUGCCGUGUAUGCCAGGGCCGACAGCGAGGCGAACCGCUACAGCGACGUGGACUUCACGCAGCAGCCAGGUGUGCAGAGUGGUGGUCGCACGUAUCUAGAGCCCGUUGUGCCCACCGUCAACCCAACAUACUCGCAGCCGCGCGUUGCCGAUGCCAGCUCUGGCGGGCGCACGUAUCUUGAGCCGGUGGUGCCGGGCGACAACGGUGGCGACACGUACGCGAGUGCGACAUACGCAAACGCCAGCCUUUCUGGAAGCGCAUAUGUUGAGACGGCCACGCGCAACCGGUACGAGACGGCCGGCCUCUACUCGCGGCCGCGGACGGAGGGCGGUGUGAGCAUUCCACAGGCGUCCGACGCCACCACGCCAUAUGCGGAGCUUGGUGCGGACCACGUGCCGUACCAGACCAACGCUGACAUCACUAACGAGAUGAAGAGCCUGUUGAUCCGGCAGGGGUACAUCCCGGCCGAUGAGGAAGGGGAGGAGGGCGACGACUAUGACUACGCGCGCCCAACACACGCCAUCCCCGGGCAGAUGGAGGAGGUGUACCAGACCCCGGACACGGGCCCAGUCUACGCUGAGGCCAUGCCUGGCGCGGCAACAUACUCAGAAGUCCCACGCCCAGGUGCAACGGCCCAGCAGCAGCAGCAGCAGGGGCUGGUGCCACCUGGUGCCGGGUUGCACGUGCCACGGCGUCGCACGGCACAGGCGGUGCAGAACAAGGUGUACGAAUCCAUGACGGAGGAGGAAACCGAAGAAGAUGAUGGCGACAAGGUGGACUUUGUCUAACGUGGUGUGCACGUGUGUUGUGACGAUGACGGUGAUGUGCUGUGUAUGAUGUGUGUCGUGAGCAUUUUGUGAUGAGUUGUGCAUGCUGCGUCUCGUCUCUGGACAGCAUCGUUGUGACCAUGGUUUGGUGUGGCGUUGUGGGGUUGUUCCAACAGUUACGUACGUACGUGUGUGUGUGUGUCUGUGUGUCUGUGUGUCUGUGUGUGCUGGGGCGGUUGUUUCUGAUGCAAAAGGGACGCUUUGGACGACCCCCAAAUAUGAUGAUGGUACAAGAAGUGCUUUUGUUCUUUUAGCAGUUGUAGUCGUAGUUGCAGUAACUGGUGCAGUAAACAAUUGUGACUGUG